AUGCAAUUGCUUGUGAGAGCGCUCCCGCGCUCUGCGGGGGCGGUGGUGCGCAUGCACGUGUGCGCGCUCUCGCACAGUGCGCGCCACUUCGUGGCCGCUCCGCCACUGGAUGAUUCCAAGAAUCAUGUACCCAUUGUCGUCCAAAAGUUUGGUGGUACCAGCCUUGGAACCCCUGAGAAGCUCGAAAAGGUUCUCAACAUUGUUGGCAAGUGGCACCGUGACAAUCGGGUAGCUUGCGUGGUCAGCGCGCUCAGCAGCCAUACCAAAGCCGAGGGUACAACCACGCGCCUGCUCAACGCCGCUGAAAACGCCGUCCACCAGGAACCCUUCCACCAGUUCCUGGACGCCAUUGAGGACACCCACUUGGACGUGGUCUACACCAUGCUCCGCAAGCACGAGAACCGCGAGAUUGUCAAGCAACACAUUAGCAAGGAGCUGCGCAUGGUGCGCCGUUUCUGUGAGAGCCUCACCGUGAUCCGCGAGCUCUCUCCUCGCUCCCAUGACAUGAUCGUCGGCUGCGGUGAGCGCUUGUCAGCGGGCCUGAUCGCAGGCGUUUUGCGCGAGAACGACAUCCCCGCUGCCUACGUCAACCUCUCCAACCUGUUUCGCGAUCCUCUCGACGCCUCCAAGACGGGCUACCACCGCCUCGCCACUGCCGCCAUCCGCUCUUUCCUUGAUCGUGAAGUUGAUGUGGACGGUGUCGUUCCGGUCAUCACGGGCUACAUGGGGGACAUCGAGGGGGGCAUUGUCCAAGGCAUCGGUCGGGGCUACUCCGACCUCACUGCUGCCCUUGUCGCCGCUGCACUCCGUGCGGAUGCACUUCAGGUGUGGAAGGAAUCAGACGGCAUCUUCACGGGCAAUCCAACCAAAAUCAACGCUGCGCGCCUGCUACACAACGUGACGCCCCGUGAGGCUGCGGAGCUCACCUACUUUGGCAAUGAGGUGCUGCAUCCUUUCACCAUGGAGUGCGCGAUUGAAGCACAAAUCCCCAUCCACAUCCUGAAUACCUUCAAGAUUGAUUCGCCCGGGACUGUUGUGGCCCCAGGCCAGCCGUUUCACCGCAUGCAAAGCAAUGGUGUGACGGCCGUCGUAAGUAAAAAGAACGUUCGCGUCAUCAGCCUGGCUUCCAACCGCAUGAUGAGCUCGCCCAAGUUCUUGGCUCGGGUGUUUGAAGCCUUUGGCAACCGUGGCGUCAAGAUCGACCUCAUCUCGACAGCCGAGACCAAUCUCUCAAUCGCCAUUCACGAGUCGGUUCCUGAUGCAGAUGCCGAGGCCCUGCUGCAAGAUCUGGAAAAGGUGGGCGAGUGCACCAUGGUGGACGGACGCGCCCUGGUUGCUAUCAUUGGUGAAGGCAUGAAGAAUCAGAUUGGCGUGGCUGCUCGAAUGUUCCGUUGCCUGUCCGAUGCGGGCGUAAACUUUGAGAUGAUCACACAAGGCGCCUCCGAAAUCAACGUCUCGGUCAUUAUCAACGCAGCAGACGCUGAUAAAGCCAUCGCCGAGAUUCAUGCCGAGUUCCUCGAGGGGUCUGAGGCAGAGGAGCUGGAGGAGCUGGCCGAUCCUGCCAACUGA